AUGGCGAAACUGCGCGGAAGCCGGCUGGAGGCGGAAUUGGAUAAAUGCCGAGGAGAGUGCAAUUGGGCACGACUGGCCGACCUGUUGCCGCUGGUGCGGGCAAAGAAUUCGGGCGUGGAGAAACUGACCGGUUUGGUGGAGGGGGAACUGUCUUUGGAGAAUUUUCUGGAGCGACAGAAGCAAGUCAAUGGUAGGAAAUGUUUUGUUUUUUUGUUUUGGACUUUAGAUACUACGUAAACAACGAGAGAACAGCUCGGAACUAGGGAGGGCGCUGAGGUUUUCGGCUAUUUUUCGAGUGUUUGCUCUUGGCUUAGAGUAUUAUGAAGAAAUUCAGAGUUUUACGGAAUUUUUGUCAAGUUCAGAUGGUAAAACAAUGUGAACGAGCAAGAGCAAUAAAUCCACCAUGUUUGUUGUGGGUUUUAAAAUCCAGUAAAACAAUUCUACUAUUUUUUAUGCUUAGUGAUGCCUAAAGUUUUAAAUUUUGAUAAUUCCAGGUCAUGUCAGGCCAAAACCUCAUAUCGGCGACUUUCUUCGAACAACGGAGGGCAUGCUCAAGGCUGCUAUAGCAUCAAAUCGCGAGAAACCCACGGUAAUUUUUAAUUUCCUUUUGUUUUUUGGAAUUUAGGUGUUCCAAUACAUAAAUCAAGUUGUUUGGACCAAAAUGCGGUUAAAUAAAGCCAUGAUUUGAAUUUCUUAUCCAAGAACUCACUUCAGGUUUUGAUGGAAGCGUAUAUUCUUCUGGCCAAAGUCCAUUAUUUCUCCUGUUCUUUCCAAAAAUCGCUCGAAGACCUGGAAAAAUCGCAACUAGAUGCGGCGAAGACCCAAUUUGAGACCCUAAGAUCCCUGAAACUGGCUGCCGAAGGUUAUGCCAUCAAAGGAUUUGCCACGGAGCGUCUCAUGAACGCUACGGAGCGCGCGCGCGAAGUCUCUCGAAAACGUCUUAUGAGUCUUUUUGAAUCCGCCGUAGAACUCACAAUCUCGUAUAUCGCGGAGUUCGAAAAGUCGAUCGGAACGAACGGAAGGACCUUGGCCAUCGCCUCAUCAAAGACCGGGACCAGUCAGCUCGGCGAUUUACUCGAAUCCGCCAUGGAAAGAGCGCCCUUUUUGUUGUUGCGGAGGUCGGUUUUGGAGCGGAAGUCGGACGAGGAGGGAGUCGAGUUAUACCGAAGAAUUAUGACCGAAUUGAGCGAUAAAAGUGUGGUCGCAGAGACUCAGCAAAGACUGUGUAGACAGCUCGCUGAAAUCCUGUUGAGGGGAUCCAUGGAAAGUUCGUUGAGCAUGAGAAAUGGGAGCAAGGCCAUCAAUGAAAAGAGCAAGAUGCUAAAGUAAGUAAAAUUGGGAUUUUUUUUAUAAAAGUGGAUGAUUUGAGGGUUAAAAAGAGCAAAAUUAAAUUUAAAAAGGCUUGAAAUAAGAAAUUGAAAAAAAUUGAGAAUGAAUUUUUUGGGAAAACACAUAUUUAGAUGAAUAAUAAUAUUAAAAGCUGGCCUUUUUUCAAUUCAAGAUAAAAGCGCAAAAAAACUCGUCGUAUUUUACAAAAAUAAAUUUUAUUUCUCCAAUGUGUUUCUCAUUCUUCUUCACUUUUUGGAAUUCAAACAUCAACUUGUGGGUAAAAUAAUAUAAUUUUUGAAAUUUCUUCGAAAUUAUUAGAGCUGAAAAUUGUAUUUUGAACCAUAUUUAGUGUUUGUGGUUAAUUUCGUACCCGUAUUUUAGCUUCUACACCGGUUCGAACAAGAAUUUUUACUCCCCGAACAGCCGGAUCGAGGAGAUCAUUUUGCUCCUCCUGAUCAGCGAAAUGAUCGCCUCUCGGGCAGUCAGGGCCUCAACAUACGAUGGAGAAACUCUCCAGCAAUUCCGCCUUUUCCAUAAUCUGAAACAAGUCCAUAAUCUCCUUUCCGUGGUGCUGUCCCAUAUACGACAACAUUCUUUGCUCUCGGCAUUGCUGGAUAAUGCUGUGCAGUACGCGGGAUCCGAUCGGUAAGAGAAGUUGGGGGUGGUUUGAGGUGUUGGGAGUAAUGGAAAAUUGUGAUUUGCAUUGGGUGACAUUUUAUACGAAAAAUUGGGAUUAUGUUGAUUUUUGAGAAUGAAAUUUAAAUUAUAUCUGAUUUUGGUCCUGAUAUGGCACAACUAGUCGUCGUCUUAUUAAAAUUUUAAAUUGUUGUGAUAUUUCGCAAGCACUGGUGACAUUUUAUACGAAUAAUUUUCAUUUUUGAGGAUGAAAUUUGAAUUACGAUUUUUUUUUGUUCUAAAGUGGCAUAACAAGUCGUCUUAUUCCAUUUUUGAACUGCUGUGAUAUUGAGUUUUUGAUUGGGUGACAUUUUAUACGAAAAAUUUUUAUUUUUUUCAUUGUUGAGAGUGAAGUUUGAAGUAUUCCUUUUUUGUCCUGAUAUAACAUAAUAAGUCGUCUUAUUACAUUUUUGAACUGCUAUCAUAUUGUGUUUUUGACUGGGUGACAUUUUAUACGAAAAAUUUUUAAUUUUGGACCUUUUGUUUUUAGAAAAAUGUCGACGUUUUUGUAGAACCUAAUUCAAUUUUUAUGAUGUCCCUAUGAUUCCAGCUACAUUUGGCGUCAAUUCGGCCUGGCCUUGGCAUGCACUGGCCGAAUCCCUCGGGCCACUAAGAUCCUCCAUCACUCGGCCAGCCUCUGCUUGGAUGAACAUCAUCCCGAGGAGAAAGUGGUCGAAUUAAUGCAGAUUGCAAAGAUGGAGAUUGAACAGAAUGGCGAUGCGGACACUGUGAUUAGAUGCGCGGAGGAAGCCCUAAGUCUCUGUCAAAGUGAUACUCUGGCCGGAAGAUGCAUGUUGUUGUAUGCGUUGGGAUAUAGGUAGGCGAUUUUGGAGGUGUUUAUGGGGGAAUAUGGUUAGAUUUGGGUUGGAAAUUGAGGUUGGUUUGGGUUGCGGUAGAUUUUUUUGUGAUUUUUGAGAAUUUUGAGAUUUUUUUGGAAAAUUUUUGUAAUUUUUUAGGUAAUAAAAUGUUUUUUUGAAGUCUGGAGAUACUGUAAUUUUAUGGUUGCCUUUAAUUUUUUUACUUUUUGUGGUAGAUUUUUUUGAUGGUUUUUGAGAAUUUUGAGAUUUUUUUUGGAAAAUUUUUGGAAUUUUUGGGUAAUAAAGUGGUUUUUUUAAGUCUGGGGAUACUGUAAUUUUUAUGGUUAGUUUUUUACCUUUUCUAAAAUUUUAUUUAAAAAAAUAUUUUUUUUCAGCCUCAAAGUCCGAACCGAGCCCUUCUUCGACAAACGCCGCCAAAUGUUCAGAAUCUCCAUCCAGAACUUUGAAAAGGCCCGAAGCUCCGAUCCCGCAGACGAUCUAGUCCAUUUGUUCUGCGCCCUCGAAUACGCCGAGGCCAGGAAUCUGCAGCGGGCCCGAGAAGUCUGCGAAGAAGCGAUCGAUCGCAACCCCUAUAAUGUCUCGGCCCAAAUGCUUCUGGCCCUCAUAUUCACCGCCAAACACGACUACAAAUCGGCCAUGCGGUUGGUCCUAAAAGCCAUCGCCAACUUCCCCAAUCACUACGGAUUAAUGGUGCUGAGGCUGAAGCUGGAAAGCAAGUUUGGACGCGUCGAUAGGGCCUUCAAGACGUCCAGUAAACUGCUCAGGUUCUGGCAGAGAAUCCCCGAGUUUGUCACCGAAGAGGAGGGCCAAAACGGAUUCACCGCCAAUGGAAAUGGGGAAGCGGCGGCGUUGGGAAGGGGAGGCAAUCAGGAGACCAAGGUAAAAUAAGGUCAUUUUUGGGGAAUAAGGGGGAAAUUUGGGGAGCUUUAGAUUCAAAUAGGUAGAGUUAUAAUCAGAGAAGGUCUACUGUGAUUUUGGAGCCUAGGGUUACUGUAAUUUUUGAGAAUUUUUUGUUUUGGUUUUUGAUGAUUUUUUUUUGAAAAAUUGUUUUUUUUUGUGUAAGUUGCGAGUAAAAUUAAUAGAGGAAAGUAUUGUAGAAAGAAAUUAGAAGCUUUUUAUUGAAUUUGGAAACUUUGGAUACUGUAAUUUCCCCAUUUUUUAAAGGUAUUUUACAUUUUUUUAGUCGACGGCCCAACUGACGAAGGACGGUCUGGCGCCGGUCGCCCCGUUCCUCGCUGCCCCUCUCGGCAUCAGCAACCUCCCAGUGCAUAAUAUCAGCGCCAGUGUGAAUGAUAUAUCAGGUAUAUUGAACUUGAUUUUUUUAUUAUUUUUAUUUUGCUUUUUUUGGUUUGCAAUUUUUAUGUCUAAAAUUUCAGAGCUCGCCUCGAAUACGAUCGGAACAAGGAUGUCGGAGUACGGAGCGGCAACCUCGACAGUCUCGGAGAGCCUGGGAAUGGGGACCAGCUCGAGUUUGGCGUGGUCGGCCACCAAUACUUUUAGAUCAAAGGUAAUCGUAAGACGGCUUUGUUUUAUUGGAUUUUAAUUUUAGGCAAAUAUCUGGGUGGAACUGGCCGAGCUCCUAAUUGAAGCCAACAGACUGGCGGACAUUCAGGCUUGUGUUGAAGAGGCGUAUGGCCAAUUUCCCAACAGCUAUCAGGCCACUUAUUUGAAGGUGAGAAGGAGAAUAUAAAGUGGUUUUGAAGAUGGAUUUUGGCUUGGUUUUAUAUGAAAACGGGAUUUGAAGGAACGAAAAGUAUUUUAAGUUAUAGUUUUUGUCGUUUGGAAAUUGAUUUAUAUUGUUUUAGGUCUUGAAAUUUUAAAUUUUUAAUUUUUUUCAUGUUAUCCUUGAGAAUUAGACAGAUUUUUAAUCAAUUUUGGCUUUGCAGGGUCGAGUAUUCCUAACCCAAGCAGACAAGGUAUCAGAGGACCUCAAACCGACCCUCCAUUCGGAAGCCCGCGCCUCGUUUCUGGCCGCUCUGGUCAUAAAUCCCACUCACAUCCCCUCAAUCAUCCAAUUGGCUCAACUUUACCGCUUGGAAAAUAACCCCAAAAUGGCGGAGAAGAUGCUCAGAGACGCGGUGAAUAUCGACCCCCUCCGGGAAGAGGUUUGGCAGGCGUUGGGCCGCGUUUUGGCCGAACAACAGAUCUUCGACCAGGCCAAUGAAUGCUUUCAAACGGCGGCUUCGAUCGACUCGACGGUGCCGUUGAUGCCGUUUGAUGUGAUUCCAAGGCUUUUGAAGUCUUGUUUUUGA